UGGUCGCCGAGCUGCAGCUCCUCGCGGUUCCCAUCCACGCGCGAGCUAUCAUCAUCGUCCGCUGGGUCUAUGGUGGUGGCGCGAGGCAACAAGCGGCUGGAGGCGAUGGCGCUAGCGGCCGGCAGUGAGAGCCGAGAGCCCGAGAAGAUGAGAUCGAUCUAUUCUGCUGGGUUGGUUGAUCUGAAGAAGGAAGCUCUUAGCUUAUCUAAGCUGAUUAAUAACUUUCAAUUGGCUAAGAUUAGUCGGUCGGCGAAUGUGGUGGCUCAUUUCAUAGCAAAGUUUAGUUUUGACAAUAGAUCCGAUGGUAUUUUUAUUAAUGAUGUUCCGCCCUGUGUGGUGAAUUUUGUAUCGAAUGAUUGUAAGUUUACUGGUUGAUUAAUUAAUAUAAGGUGAUGUUAAAAAAAGGGAAAUGUAAGAGAAAAAAGGAUGCCCUGUCGACUGCCUCCCCGCGCCGGCUGUUGUAGUCAAGGUAGGCCCAAGCAGUCAGAAUUGCUAUUAAACCGAGCAAAACGCCGAACCAGUGCUACGUGUAUGUGCAUACGAGCUCCAAAAGUGAUGGUUUUGCGUCGUUUUAAUCAUGGAUGAUAGUACUAUGUGUUAGCCUAGCUCCAAACGUGGUAGUUUUGCGUAAUUUACUUCACCUGCCACGCCUGUAGGCGGUUGCAAGCUGGCUUCAAUGAAAUGAAGUUGUUAUCGCAUAAGUACAAAGUAUGAGCGGGACGCCCUAGUCAAGUGAACGUCAACGCAUACAAUUUUCCUACACAACCACCAUCCACUCUUGGUUUUCUAUGAGCAACGGUCCAAAAAUAUAGAUUUAAAUUUGGAGCAGGCACCAAGGUCUGGACAGAGACCUGAAAAGUCUUCGAGGGGUGGACGUUGUGUCCCAACCAACAGAGUCGCGCGCGAUCGCGAGGUACAUCCUGCGCAAGUAUAGGACGCCGGGGUCGCCGGACCUGCUGGGAGAGAACGGCGGCGCCAAGGGGGCGGCAAUGGUGGACGUGUGGACGGAGGUGGAAGCGCAGCAGUACCACCCGGCCAUCUCGCCCGUGGUGUUCGAGUGCAUCAUCUUCCCCGUCAUGCGCGGCGCCGCCACGGACCAGAAGGUCGUCGACGAGAGCCUGGAGCGGCUGAGGGGGGUGCUGGGGACGUACGAGGAGCGGCUGUCCGAGAGCAGGUACCUGGCCGGGGACUCCUUCAGCUUCGCGGACCUCAACCACUUCCCCUUCACCUUCUACUUCAUGGCCACCCCGUACGCGGCCCUCUUCGACGAGUACCCCAGGGUGAAGGCCUGGUGGGAGGACCUCAUGGCCAGACCUUCGGUCAAGAGGGUCUGCGCCAAUAUGCCCACCAAGUUCUAGUUCCAUCACGUUGUGUCAUUGUGUGUGUGUCGGAGUGAAUUUGCUGUGGAAUAAACGAACGAAUGAAUGUUAUGUAUUGAUCAUGCCGAA